GCUGGGCUUGAUCUGCUACUGGGAAGCUGUUUGCUCGGGAAUGAACUAUGGCCAACAGUGGAUGUGAUAUGUUUGUGUGCAUGUGCUAAGCUCAUAGUAUGGCAAACACCCCGGUGAGUGUGUAGUGCGCUGCAGUGCCAGAAAGCAGUGGAAUGUUUUUCCAGGUGCACAAAUGGGACAAUUUGCAAUUUCCUAGCAGAUGUGCUUUAGUUUUUCAUCACGCCAGUGCCAGCAAUCCUGGGAUUUUCGAACCAGAUACCGCUGUAGUCAAAUCCUUCCUAUAUAGUAUAUAUACAGAGGUCUUUGCCGCGCUCUGUGUGUGAGCAGACAAAUUUCCUGGGCUCUGGCAAGUGCACCCAGUCUCAUGCCCUACGUGAGAACAUUGUCAACUUGAUAGGUACUACUGCUAAAGGGAGAUCGAUCUGGUCUACAAUGAUGGGGUUGUUCAAGUUUGGUACACGGGUACACAAAUGUGGUGACUGAUGUGGCUUAAGCUUGCUGAAGGAUCAGAAUACAGUAUUUGAGAUGGGAGCAACAGGAGCUCGAGCUUGAGACUGCUUGCCCACAAUUGUUCUGUGUUCAAAUGUGGUAUGCUGCCACCAACGUAAGGCUGGCUUUAAAAAUAUGUCUUAGGACUGUCCUAAGCUUAAGGAAAUCGGUGUUGGGCUGAAUUGGGCCUGGAGUGAGACUGAGUCCGUGCUAGACUUCACCAAUUGGUGACAUUAAGAAUGAAAGAAAUACCAUGUCACUU